AUGUCAACGUCAAAAUCCGAUCUUCACGAUGCAUCGCAACCAACCUUGUCCAACGACGCCGUCCUAGGUUCCCUUCCAUCAACAUCCAAGGCGACCGUAUCGUCCUCCACCCUACCAGAAGUCCGCCAAUCCUAUCUCGAUGUCCCGUCCUUUCGACGGUCUCGGCCCUCUCUCGAUUCUACAUAUUCGGAGCUCUCUGAACUCUCCUUCCACUCAAAUGAACUACAUACCCACCAUCCUCUCAUCCGCAGCAUAUCGCAAGAUGCCGCUCCGCCGGCCCCCCCUGGGUCCCGUUUCAUUGCUGCUGUGCAUUCGUUCUACGUGGCCAACUAUGGCGCGAUGCUGGUUAUGAUCUCCCAGUUCUUUGGCGCGGGUAUGAAUGUUUCUACACGACUCCUCGAAACAACCGGUUCUCAUGGCAAGCCCAUGCAUCCAUUCCAGAUCCUCUUUGUUCGUCAAUCAAUCACCGCCUCCCUAUGCACUGCCUAUGGAGUGUAUUCCAGAUCUGUACCUCACUUCCCUUGGGGUCCUCGCGAGGUCAGGUGGCUUCUCGUUGCUAGAGGGCUCUGUGGCUUCUUCGGUGUGUUUGGCAUGUACUUCAGUCUUCUGUACUUGCCGCUCAGCGAAGCAACUGUCUUAACCUUCCUCGCCCCUAUCCUCACCUGCUAUCUUUGCAGUUUUGUCAUCCCUGGUGAGACAUUCAGCAGACAACAGCAACUGGCCGGCUUCGUCAGCCUUGUCGGUGUCAUCUUCAUUGCCCAGCCUGCGUCUCUCUUCUCGUCUCCAUCCACCCCGCGUCAACACUCCAGCCCACCAAUAGCGGGCCCUUCCAACUCUACCACGACGCCGGAACAUUCCCAACAGCCUCCUCCUGAUCAGCAUCUCGCUGCCAUUGGUAUUGCAAUGCUCGGGGUUGUUGGUUCAACAGGGGCUCUGACCUCAAUCCGCGCGAUUGGCACACGUGCUCACGCCUUCAUUAGCAUCAACUACUUCAGUGUAUGGUGCAGUAUCGUGUCAAUGGCAUGUCUCAUCAUUUUUCCUGAUGUCAAGUUUCGGCUGCCGGGAAACAUGACCGAAUGGUGCCUCCUCGCCAGCCUCGGUCUCUGUGGCUUCGUCAUGCAGUUUCUGCUUACAGCAGGCUUAGCCUACCGUGCACCGACACAGAAGCCGCACAACCAAAACCAACAACAAGGCCACCCGCACCAAAAGAUCCGAGAUCUAGAAACCACGGACCCCAUCGCUCUGGGCGCGGGCGACGACCUUCCCUCUGGCGAACGCGAGCAAACCUCGCGCACGCAACCCUCGUCGUCUCCGCCUUCUAAAACCAGCAGUAGCUCUGGAACGAGGGCCACCAGCAUGCUUUACACACAAAUGCUCUUCGCUCUGGCGGGCGACAAGCUCAUAUUCGGUGUCACACCCACCACGAUGAGCUGGGUCGGCAGCGUGCUCAUUCUGGCCGGAGCAGUCUGGGUGUCGAGCGCAAGGGAUUCCGCCAACAAGGGCAACGACAACAAUGCUGACCGGAACAGAUUUGCGAGAGUCCCAUUAGGCAGUACCGAUUCGCUUCCGCUUACAGCGAUGACGCGACCCAAGAAAAAUGAGACGAACGUCACAGAGGAGGUUGCUGGCUUACUUCAUGAUCAUGAUGAUGAAGCAGAGAAUGAAACUGGAAAUGAAGUCUACGAGCGACAUUACAAUUUUGAUAACGCUCCUGCGCAUUCCCGAACAAGUACUUUUGCUGACAGUCCCGCACUUGCAAACGUCGAGGGUCUGGAAAUGCAUGAUUUACGACCUACCAUUUCCGGAAACUGA